AUGGCGGAUAUAGUUGCUUCCUUUCUUGAGGUCGCCGGCGUCGGCAUCUCUCCCGACACGGCAAGGCAAUUCCUUGAUGCCACAGGCGGGAUGCUUGACGAAGCACUUUCACUCUUUUUCACAAGCGGUGGAGUAUUGGAACAGCCGCCGCCCCUAUCACCGUCAGAUAUUGGCGGCGGUAGUGCGCGGCCACCGUCGAACUCUCGAAGGGAAACGUUUCUCGACGGAGACGCACCCUCGGCGAUGGUGGAAGAUUUAUGGCGGGGAUCUUCUUCCUCCAACAAUGGCGGGAAUAGAGCAACGGAUCUCGCGGCUUUGUAUCGGCCGCCUUACGAGUUGAUGUACUACGGAUCCUUCGAGGGCUCGAAGGGGGAAGCUAGGUAUCUGGACAGAUGGCUUAUUGUUAACGUGCAAUCCGCCGGAGAAUUCGCCUCCCACGUUCUCAACCGCGAUAUUUGGGGCGACGAAUCCGUCGCGCAGAUAAUCAGGAGCACCUUCGUUUUCUGGCAGUACGACCACGGCACGGAGGAAGGCCGGAAGGUCUGCACCUACUACAACCUCACUUCCCUGCCGGCGGUUCUGGUGAUUGACCCUAUCACCGGUCGGAAUAUGAAAUCCUGGACCGGAACGGUUCAACCUGAUACUUUCCUGCUGGAAGGUCUUCAACCGUUUUUGGAUCAAACGCCGUCCGAUUAUCUCGCAAGCUACUGCAACAAACGCCGCCGAGUCCAGAUCGAAGCUAAAGAAGAAAAACAAGAUUAUCUCGCAAGCUACUGCAAUAAACGCCGCCGAGUCCAGAUCGAAGCUAAAGAAGAAAAACAAGGAGAAGGAGAAGCUAAAGAAGAGAAGGAAGGAGAAGGAGAAGUAGCAGGCAUGGUAAAUGAGAUGACUGAGACGAAGAAAGAGGAUGACGUCAUGCAUUAUUAUCCCGAUCUCCCUGAAGAGCCGCCAUUGAUGAGUGACGCAAAUCUGGUUUGUAGAGUUGGAAUUCGGCUACCUGACGGGCGAAGGCCUCAAAGGAGGUUUUUGCGCAGUGAUCCGGUUCAGUUGUUGUGGUCUUUCUGCCAUCUCCACGUCGGAACAAAGCCAUUCCGGUUGAUGCAGGCGGGUGUCCCCGGAGCGCCAAGGGUUGUUCUGGACUAUAAAACUCAAAUGAGCUUUGAGGAAUCAGGCAUCAGUAGCUCCAUGAUUAUAGUAACUUAA